AUGUCUUCUUCUUCUUCUUCGGUGUCUUGCAAUUGGCGCUAUGACGUCUUCCCGAGCUUCAGAGGUGAAGAUAUCCGCAAAACAUUCGUUAGCCACUUUCUAACGGAGCUGGAUCGUAAAUUUAUCAGUGCUUUCAAAGACAACAAGAUCAAGAAAGGUCAAACGCUCGAUCCCGUGCUUAAAGAGGCGAUUAAAGAUUCGAGGAUCGCCAUCGUCAUCUUCACUGAAAACUACGCAUCUUCUGCCUGGUGCCUAAACGAGAUGCUGAAGAUAGUGAAAUGCAAGAAAAAGUUGGGUCAACUUGUGAUACCGGUUUUCUACCGUUUAGAUCCUUCUCAUGUAAGAAAACAGUCCGGAGACUUUGGAAAAAUCUUUGAAGAGACAUGCAGAUGCAACGACAAAACAGAGGAUGAGAUAAAGUUAUGGAGGACAGCGUUGACCGAUGUAGCAAAUCAGGUCGGAUUUGAUUCUCGGAAUUGGGAAAAUGAUGCAAAACUGGUUGAAGAUAUGGUCAGUAAUAUUUUGGAGAAACUAACAACUCCAUCUAAGGAUUUUGAGAACAUUGUUGGAAUCGAAGAUCAUUUUGUAAAGAUGAGUGCAUUGUUGGACUUGAAAUCUGAAGGAGUGAAGACGGUUGGGAUUUGGGGUCCCUCAGGGAUUGGCAAGACUACCAUUGCAAGAGCUCUAUAUAAUCGACUCUCUCAUCAGUUCCAAGGUAGGAUUUUCAUAGACAUGCGUUUCAUAUCCGAGAGUAUCAAAGAUUACAGCAAAGGCAACCCGAGAGACUACAACAUGAAGUUGCACUUGCAAGAAAAUUUCCUAUCUAAAAUAUUAGACAAAGAGGGCAUGACGGCUCAACACUUGGGUACCGUGGGAGACAAGCUAAAGCACCAAAGAGUUCUUAUCUUUAUCGAUGAUUUGGAUGAUCAAGUUGUGUUAGAUGCCCUGGCAGGUGCAGAUGAAUGGUUUGGUCCUGGGAGCAGAAUCAUUGCGAUUUCAAAAGAUAAGCAUAUUCUAAGAGCCCAUGGGAUUACAUGUAUCUAUGAGGUUGGUCUCCCAUCUGAAAAAGUAGCUCUUCAGAUGUUUUGUCAAUCUGCUUUCAAGCAAAACUCUCCGCCUGAUCGUUUCUUGGAGCUCGCUUCCAAAGUUGCUGUGAAAGCAGGUCGUCUUCCUUUGGGUCUUCACGUUCUUGGCGCGUCUUUGCGUGGGAGAGACGAUAAGUCUAUGGUGGAUAUUAUGUCAAGUAGCCUGAAAGGUCUAGACACGAGUAUUAAGAAAACACUAAGCAUCAGCUACGAAGGAUUAGAAAGAAAAGAAUACAAAGCAAUGUUUCGUCACAUCGCAUGCUUCUUUAACGGCUAUGAAAUCAAUUCCAUCAAGUUGAUGCUUUCAGAUAGUGAGUUGAAUGUUGAUGCUUGUCUCGAAAUUCUAGUUGAUAAGUCCCUCAUACGCGUAUUAUCAUCUGCGGGGAAUAAUACGAAUAUCGUGGAGAUGCACUGUCUGGUUCAAGAAAUGGGUAAAGAAAUUGUUCGUGCACAGUCCGACAACCCUGGAAAUCGGGAAUAUCUAAUGGAUUCAAAGGACAUUUGCGAUGUACUUCGAGGCUGCACCGGUACUGAAAAGGUUAUAGGUAUAUCAUUGGAUUUAUGCGAAGUUGACAAGGUGCGGAUAGAUGACAAAGCUUUUAAACGGAUGUUUAAUCUCCGUUUCCUAAAUUUCUAUAAAAAAACGUUGGAGUGGACGAAAGAAGUUAAAUGGCAAUUACCAAAAAGAUUCAAAUAUUUUCCAGACGAACUCAAACUACUUAGUUGGCCGGGAUUUCCAAUGGAAUCCAUGCCUAGUGAUUUUUGUCCUGAGUAUCUCGUGGAACUUAGAUUGCCCAACAGCAAGCUUAAGAAGCUAUGGAAAGGAGUCAAGACGCUUACAUGCCUCAAGGAUAUGGAUUUGUCGGAAUCUAAACACCUGGAAAAGAUACCAGAUCUUUCGACCGCAACCAAUCUUGAGACAUUGAAUCUUCACGGUUGUUCAAGUUUGGUGGAGCUUCCUUCCUCUAUUCAGAAUCUCAAUAAACUGACGGAUUUGAACAUGGCUGGAUGCACAAAACUGGAGUCUUUUCCAAAUGCCAACCUGGAAUCUCUCAUUCACCUCGUUCUCACUGGAUGCUCACAGUUGAAGGUUUUCCCUGAUAUCUCAAGUAAAGUCGAGUCUAUCAUUGCAAACAAGACCUCUUUCGAAAUAUUCCCUUCUCCAUUGCGUCUUGAGAAUCUCAUUGAACUUCGCAUGGAGCAAAUCUUGAGCGAGAGGUUGUGGGAUGGAGUUCAGCCUCUUACAAGCCUCAGGAAAAUACUGUUGUCGGGAUCUGAAAACUUGAAAGAAAUCCCGGAUCUUUCAAUGGCAAAGAGUCUCAAGACACUAAAUCUCAAUGGUUGCUCGAGUUUGGUGGAGAUAACGCUUUCUUCGUUUCAAAAUCUCAAUAAACUCACGGAUUUGAACAUGGCUGGAUGCACAAAGUUGGAGUCUCUUCCAAGCGGUAUCAACCUCGAAUCUUUGUAUCGCCUCAAUCUCAACGGAUGCUCCAAGUUGAAGAGUUUUCCAGAUAUCUCAAGCAACAUCUCAACACUCUACCUAAACCAAACAGCAAUCGAAGAAGUUCCUCAAAGGAUCGAAAACUACUUAAGCCUCGAAUCCCUGGAAAUGUGGGAAUGCAAAGAGCUAAAAUGCAUCUCAUCAAGAAUCUUCGAGCUUGAAAAUCUUGUGGAGGUUUUCUUCUCAGAUUGUGAGCAACUGGAUGAAGUUACAUGGCCUCAGAAAGCACAAGACACCAAUAAUACUACUGGCUCUAACUUGUCAUUGAUCAGUUUCACCAAUUGCUUCAACUCAAAUCAAGAAGCCUUCAUCCAAAAUUCAGCUUCAAAUUAUCUCAUCUUACCAGGUGAAGUGCCUCCAUAUUUCACUCACCGAUCGAGCAGUAGCUCCAUCACCUUCCCUCUGCAUCCUUCUUAUCUCUCUCAACAGUCUUUCUUGGAGUUCAAGGCUUGUGUCGUUUUUUCUGAUCUUGUCAUUUCUGAUGGAUCAGAGACGCUUGGCUUUAUAGACAUUGAGGUACAGUGUCGGUUUAGAGACAAGAACGGGAACUACUUUGAGCUUGCUAAACCAAGAGAAUUGUCCUUGCAUCUGAAAUAUAAUCAUCAGCUUAUAUUUGAUUGUCAUUUCCCUCUAAGCCAAGAGUGUGAUCAAGUUGAGAUAAACUUUAAUCUGCCUAGUAAUAGAGUCAAACUGAAAGAAUGUGGUCUGCGACUCUCAGAUGACUAUACUCAGAUUGAAGUCGAUGGCUAA